UCUGCACAACUUCCUAUACCACUUUAAAAAAGUCCAUCUUUCACUCAGCUCAGUGCUCAUAGAAGCUUGGAGAAAUGUUUCCCACUCUCUUUUGUGCUUCAAAUUAUUAUUAUUACUAGUCUAUUUCAUCUUUCUUUUCUUCUCUGAGUUCUCUCUAGCUUGCUUUGAUACUAUUCAGUGAGCAGUGGCUUGCUGCACAAAGAAAACUCUGCCCAGAAAUUGAAAGCCUGUUUUGAAGGAGAGAUUAAAAUGGGUUUCUUUGUUUUGGGCUUUUCUUUAAUUUAUGUUGCAACCUUUUUCAUUGUUUGCUCUCUUGCUCUCACUGAAGACGGUAAGAACCCAAUUUCAUUUUCGUCUCCUUCGGGGCUCUUUCUUAAACCCGUUUGUCUGCCUAGAAAAUGAAGGAAAAACAAACGAGAAAAGGAAAAAAAGCUUCUGAUGAGGACUGUGGAGUUUUAUUAUGUUGAAAAUUUUACCACCAUGGCAACCAAACGUAGGUUAAGGCUUAGAUCUUUUUGCUUUGCUUAUUUAAUUUUGUUCUUGCAGGUCUGACAUUGUUAGAAAUCAAGAACACACUGAAUGAUAGUAGAAACAUACUAGGUAACUGGCAAGCUACGGAUGAAUCUCCCUGCAAAUGGACUGGUAUAUCUUGCCACCCCCAUGACCAAAGAGUCAGUUCAAUAAACCUGCCUUACGUGCAACUGGGGGGGAUUAUAUCUCCUAGUAUUGGGCACUUCACCAAAACAGUUUACAUGGGAUCAUUCCUAAUGAAAUCACAAAGUGUACUGAGCUCAGAGCAGUGUACUUGAUGGCUAAUUAUCUCCAAGGAGGCAUUCCAUCAGAUAUUGGAAAUCUCUCUCAUCUCACUAUACUCUGUCAUUUUUAUCCUUUGCUUACUUCUGGAAAUUCUCGACUAUCAACCACUGAAUUUAGGGACUUGUCAAGCAAUAUGCUAAGAGGUGCUAUACCUUCAUCUAUUGCCCGUCUUACAGGUUUGCGUCACCUGAAUUUGUCCACCAACUUUUUCUCUGGUGAAAUCCCAGAUUUUGGAGCUCUAAGCACUUUUGGGAACGGCUCGUUUAUUGGCAAUUUAGAUCUUUGUGGUAGACAAGUGCACAAGCCAUGUCGAACCUCAAUGGGAUUUCCUGCAGUGCUUCCACAUGCUGCAAGUGAUGAAGCAGCAGUUCCUGCAAAACGAUCCUCUCAUUACAUCAAAGGGGUGCUUAUUGGUGUUAUGGCCACAAUGGCCCUUACACUAGCUGUGCUUCUUGCAUUCCUCUGGAUUUGCCUGUUUUCAAAGAAGGAAAGAGCUGCUGAGAAAUACACAGAAGUCAAAAAGCAAGUUGAUCAAGAAGCAAGUGCAAAGCUUAUUACUUUCCAUGGUGACCUGCCUUAUCCUUCAUGUGAGAUCGUAGAAAAGCUAGAGUCUCUUGAUCAGGAGGAUGUUGUAGGGUCAGGAGGAUUUGGUACUGUAUACCGGAUGGUGAUGAAUGAUUGUGGAACAUUUGCUGUUAAAAGGAUUGACCGGAGUCGGGAAGGAUUUGAUCAAGUAUUUGAGAGGGAGUUAGAGAUCUUGGGUAGCAUUAAUCACAUAAAUUUAGUGAAUCUGAGGGGUUACUGCAGGCUUCCAAUGACAAAACUUCUCAUCUAUGAUUAUCUAGCCAUGGGCAGUUUAGAUGACAUUUUGCAUGAAUGUAGCCAAGAACAACCAUUAAAUUGGAGUGCUCGUUUAAGAAUUGCUUUAGGUUCUGCAAGAGGCCUUGCGUACUUGCACCAUGAUUGCAGCCCAAAGAUAGUCCAUCGUGACAUAAAAUCCAGCAAUAUUCUCCUUGAUGAAAAUUUGGAGCCACGUGUCUCUGACUUUGGUCUUGCCAAACUUUUGGUGGAUGAGGAUGCCCAUGUCACGACUGUAGUUGCUGGCACUUUUGGUUAUUUGGCACCUGAGUAUCUACAAAGUGGGAGGGCCACUGAAAAGUCGGAUGUCUAUAGCUUUGGAGUUCUCUUGCUAGAGAUUGUAACCGGAAAAAGACCUACUGAUCCAGCUUUUGUAAAGAGAGGCUUAAAUGUCGUUGGUUGGAUGAACACACUAUUAAGAGAGAAUCGGUUGGAAGAUGUGGUAGAUAAAAGGUGCACUGAUGGAAAUAUGGAGACUGUGGAAGUCAUUCUUGAAAUAGCGGCAAGAUGCACUGAUGCGAACCCUGAUGAUCGGCCAACAAUGAACCAGGUAUUGCAGUUGUUAGAGCAAGAGGUCAUGUCUCCUUGUCCAAGUGAAAUCUACGAGACUCAUUCAGAUUAUUCUUGAAUCACAUAAAGCAUUCAGUGUGUCACAGCUACCGAAUAUUUAUCCAUCCAGCUAGAUGUAUUUAUUACAUCCUCAACAAAGUUGUGAUAUUAUGCCUGUCCCUAUAAUUGGGGCCUGUAAAUUCUUUCCAUGCAAAUGCUGGAUUUCCAUUUUGUUUUGCACC